AUGACCAAAGUCCAGGUGCUUCGAUAUUUUUCUCUUUGGAACCAGUCCGUCGCAGCUCUCAUGAGGCAGCUGGAGCCAGACAUCUAUCACUGUAUGGACUACCACGCAGCGCUUGCCCCGCUGUACCUCCCGGAGAAGCCGAUUCCGAUGAUCUUGGUCUUGCACAAUGCGGACUACAUGGGUGUCAUUGAAACGGACUUCAUCAACGACCGGUUCUGGAAGACCACCUCGACGAUGCGAAGACUGAGCCUCGUCUUCAACUUGCGCAUUCGGGCCAUCCGGAAGUACGUGCUCUUCGAAGGACGAUUCAACAUGCUCAAGGCUGGUGUGGCCUACAUCAAAGAGACGCAAAAUGGACAUGGAGUCUGUGCAGUGUCUGCCAACUAUGCAGCCGAGCUCAAGCGUGAGCGGAUGCUCUUCCGUGGUCUGCCCAACAUCCUGCCUUUGGAUAAUGCCACUGAUCCAGCGGAUGACCAGGGCACAGGUACGAAGGAGCUGAAAAGGAGGCGUUACGCCGCCAAGGCAGCGCUACAAAAACGCUGCAGCUUAAACGAGGACCCUGGAGCAAAGAUUUUAAUCUUUAUCGGCCGCUGGGUGAAGCAAAAGGGGGUGGACCACAUUGCAAUGCUGACGGAG